UGGGCAGCGGAGGUUUGUGUGGGCUGCACACUAGCCUAGCACAUAGCCUAGCACGUAACCGCACAUUUGCUUCCUCUUUCUGAGCCACCUUCGUCGCCUCCUCGCAAGAACUGUAAUCCACAGAGACCCCGGCCGUCUGACGAGUUCAGUCGGGAUGUUCUGGUCUGGGAGCUGUUAGUUAAAGGCACAGAUGCUGUGUACAGUGCCUAUGUGAAACAGUUUGUGUCUAGUGUAUUUGAUGUUUACAGUGGUACUGUAGACAGACAGAAAACAGGAGUCUAAAUAAAUAGCAUGUUUGGUGCUGAUCUGCUGCACGUACAUGCGCCGCCAUACUUUAAUGUCUUUGCUGGUCAUGGCUGACAUUCGAGAUAAAGGCCUGAUAAAUGGCAAGGGUGGUUUGGAUGAGGAAAGCAGUCAGUUGGAGGAGGCAAUGAAACAGCUAGAGACAUGGAAGACUAAAGCAGAGAAAGCUGAUGAUGUGAAAGCCAGACUGAUACUGGAGAAACUGGAAGAAGAUGAUACCAAAAUAAAGGCCCAGCAGGAGAUGUUGACUUAUGUCCAAAAGCAAGAGGAGUGUCAGAAGGCAUUUGCUCAAAGCAUUAAUUCAGUGCAGGAUAAAAUCCGGAAGCUUGGCAAAUGCAAACAGGAUUUGCUGGACAAACUGAGAAGAUGUCAAGUUGAACUGCAGGCAAAGAAGGCAGAGUCCACAAAGCUGAAGCAAAAAUUCAAGAUGUGCAUACAGAUUCCAGACUCAGAGGUCAAAUUCAAUGGUCCGAACAAAGAAAAGAGGGAGAACGACAAUCAGUCAGUCAGAGGAGUGUUUGCCAUCAGCCAGAGACCCACUGUGCUUCUGCAGGGAGGACAGGCACUCAUUACAUUUGAAGAGGAGAGAGUGGCCUCUCAGGUCUUGAAGAUUACCAAGUGUUGUGUGCCCUGUGACAUCAGUAGUUUGGAUGUGACACCAAAACUAAUUACCAUGGAUCCUGCUGUUAAGUUUGAGAUCCACCUCAGUGUUUCUAGAAAGGAGCUGAAGGUUUCCAAUGUCCUCUCUUCUAUGCCAGUGGAGAGAAUAAAGGACCGCCUGGAGAUGAGUUUCUCCAGGCCUAGCAGAGGAGGAGGAGAGGUGGAGAGUGUCAAGUACGACAAGAACACUGGGACAGGACAGAUCACCUUUCUCAACCCUGGAGUUGCUGAGAACCUGGCCCUGAGAGGGGGAUACCAUGUAGAUCUGGGCUCUGAAGUGCAUGUGCAAGUUGGAUCCGUCUACAAAUACCAUCUGCGCAAGUUUCAGACCUUCUGUGGCUCUCCGAGGCGAACUAUCCUGCUGGAUGGCAUUGAAGAUGUCAUGGAUGAGGAGGACCUGCAGGACCACCUAGAGAUCCACUUCCAGAAGCCCAGCAAUAAUGGUGGUGAGAUAGAGAGCAUCAAGUACAUAUCCAGGGGUAAGGCUACACAGGCCUUUUUUCUCUGUGAGGAUACUGUGGAGAGGGGCAACUUCUCCAACUACAAUGUAUAAGGAAAAUAAAAUGAGCUUUUCUUCACUCCCUAGGAAUCUCUCUGUCUCCUAUGACUAUUAGAAAUCAAUAAUCAUAUUUGUAAUAAGUUUCUGAUUAUUUCAAAGAAUCAUGUAUAUUUCUUGUCAUGGCAAAAUUGAAAGGAUGCAUUUUGCAAGAUUCAUUUAUUUGCUGUGCUAUUGAGAGUCAGAUGAAGAGACUUUGUCACUGUGCCUUCAGUUUUGUUUUCAUCCUACAUGGUGAGGGGUGUUUUGCAUUAAGUGGAAGAACAAAGACCAUCCACAAGGCACUUAACAAUGACCUGUAUGAUGAUGUACUAUGGCCAGUGUCCUGACACAUGGAGUAUAUGUAGUUUAACUCAGAGUAAUGUACAUCCUGAUUGUAUGUAGUUGGCUGGUGUGGCUGGUUUGAGGUUUGACAACCUCAAGCACAUCUUUAAUCCAAUAUGUCCCUCAGAAAAUGGUGUAUUUGGUUUGUUAAUGUUAAAUGGUAUCUUAGAAUGUUCAUGUUGAUUCUCUUCCCUUCAGUGUGUUCACAAGUGCAGACUUAAACCUUUAAGCCCACAGAAGUUGUGGACUGUAAUGACUGUUUUACAGAAGAUCGAGUUUGGGGUGUCUAAAGAUAGUAUCCACAAAAUAAUGUCAUUAUUAUUAUAAACAUGAGAAGUUCUGGCAGUUAACUAUUCCAUGCAUCUAUCAAGUGAUAGGGGUCAUGGCCAUUGAUUAGUAUUUCCUGAUUACUAUGUAACAUGAACUUAGUAAUAAUCCCUGCAACAAAAGGCCAAAAUUGCGUGAGUGGUAACUUUCCAGAACUGUAAAAUCUUAUGUGAUGAUUAUAAACCUCUGUGCAAUGUUUUGUGAUUUGACCAGUCUUGAAAUCCACAGAUCUGUUACUGACACUGGACUUGACUUAUAUUUUAUUGUCUCACCUGUAUCUUUAAAUAAAUGCCCCCACCCUCGCUUCCAUCUGCUCUAUUUUCAUGCAGGGCUGUUCUCAGUUGGAAUUGCUGAUAUCAGUUUCUAGGCCCAUAAUCUACACACAAAACAUGUGCUUGAAUUGUAAAUCUGUUUUUUUUUUUCUCUUCUAUUGUACUCAUUAAAAAAUCUAAAUGCUUAA